GAUUGAAAAGGAUUGAUAACUUUGUCUUGAGACCAGUAUAACUUGUACAGGAGCCACCGCAUCACGUGUCCUAUCUAAGAUACAGAGUCCACCGAAGACAAAUCACAUAACUGACAGAGAACACCGAGUCGAGUAAAGCAACAUUUUGUCUCUAAAACAUAAUGGAAAGUUUUAGAGGAUUCCCACAAAGCGGUCUUCUACACACUGGAGUGUCUACAGCAGUUGAAACUGACAAAGGCCAACUAUUGGCCGCCAGAGCUCAAGAAGUCGAUGAUAAUGCCAGAUCAGGAAGCAACUUAGAUCGUGAUAUGAGUGACCACAACCCACAAGACAAUGAUCUACCGAACGAUUCCAACACCGACAACAAGAAAACACGUACCCACCGCAAGUCCCGGCGAAGGCCUCCUUAUUCUUACAUCGCGCUUAUUGCAAUGGCAAUCCAGAACUCCUCAGAAAAGAGACUGACUCUUGACGGAAUUUGCAAAUUCAUCAGAGAUAGGUUUCCUUUUUAUCGCGAUACUUACCCAUCAUGGAAAAUCUGCAUCAGAAAUAACCUCUCACUGAACGACUGUUUUAUUAAGACAGGAAUAAAGUCAGAUGAGCCCCUCAAGGGAAACUAUUGGACGCUUGACCCGGAAAGUUACAACAUGUUUGAGAAUGGGAGCUUUCUUCGAAGGAAGACCAGAUUUAAAAGGCAAGAUCCCAACAGAAUUGAGGCUAAAUCUCUGUCUGUUGUAGAAACGGGAAGACAUGCUUUCACAUCUCCCUUGGAGCUUCACAAUCGCUUUAGUACAAGUUCUUUGAUUCCACAGCUUGGUUUCUCACCUCUUGAACCGCCAAAAGUACCGGGAAUAACACCAUUUGGUCUUCCUCUUCAAUACUACAAUCCUACUUCUCAGUCAACGGACUCUUUUUUUGUUCCCUCUCAGUUACCCUUUCUGCCAUACUACCAACACCUUAACUGCACGCAGUGUAACCUUUGUGAAAGCUCCAAGCAUUUCCAUCAUCCUUAUUUAAGACUCUAGAACAAUCUUUAUGCCCAAAUGAGCAAGUUGUUCGAUUUUUAGGUUACAAAACACUAGUAUAACAAGUUCAAGGCUUCAUACCCUGGCCAUACUGUAACAAGAAAAGUUUUCUUACAAACUGUAAGGAAUGAAAAUGAAAGACGCCAAACGAUCUGUUUGACACGCGAUUGAAAAAAUGAAAUAUUUCCUUAGACAUAACUGAAACGGAAAUUGAAUAGUACAUGUAUAUAAGUAGCCAGUUUUUGUCAAACCUCAAGAAUUUUUUCUAUUUUUUGUGGAAAUAUAUAUGAAGAAACAGCAAACAUAUUAGCGCACCAACAGAAACAAUUUGCACCGGUAUAGCACUAUUAUGAAGAUGUUUUGUAACUACAGCUAAUUUGUACAGCAAAUUAUUUCGCAAGUGCUGACAAAACUAGAUUUAUUACUGGGAUGGACCUCAUUAAAACACGAAAAGCUUACUACUAAACCAGCAUUAG